ACUGAAUAAAGCGUCCCUGGAAGCUCCAUCAGCGGAUUCUGUUUUGAUAUGUUGUGGUUGUUUAUGUAGCAGACCCAGUGCAACUAUUAUACUAAUUUGUAAGGGAAAAUGUCGAUUAUAAUCGCACUUGAUUGAUCUUACCCUUACUGGGACAGGGGAAGAACUUGUAGUUAGAAAGUAACCAUGACAGCAGCUGCUGCUCUACAGAUUGGAGACCAGCUGAUCCUGGAAGAGGACUACGAUGAGAACUAUAUCCCCUCUCAACAAGAGAUCCACGAGUACGCACGAGAGAUUGGCAUUGAUCCCAAUCAGGAGCCGGAGCUCCUAUGGCUGGCCAGGGAGGGCAUUGUUGCCCCACUGCCUCCCGAAUGGAAACCCUGGUGCUGAAGUGACCCCCUCCUCUCCCUCCUCUCGCAGUCAGGACGUGUCGGGGGACGUGUACUACUUCAACUUCUCCUCGGGCCAGUCCACCUGGGACCACCCGUGUGACGAGCAAUACCGCAGCCUGGUAAAACAGGAGCGCGAACGAGCUGGCACCCAGCCCCACGGGCCCCCCACCACCGCCACUAAGAAGGAGAAGAAGAAGAAAAAAGACAAGAAGGAGCCAAAGAAGAAGGCGAAAGACCAAGAGCUCCUGAAGCCACCAGGACCGUUGAGCUUGGCCCUUGGGCCUCUGCAGGCCCCAUUGGGGAGCCUGGGGAGCCUUGCUCCUCUACGAGGUCUUGAUGGCACAGCCUUGAGGGGGUCCCUGGGCAGCUCUGGAGGGCUGGAGUCCCUGAAGAGUCCGCUUGGGGGUCCUCUCUCAAGCCUGGGGUCCAGCCUACUGGGAGGGCGACAGGAGGAGCGCGUGUCUUUCUCUCUGCCUGGGUUUGAGGAUGAUGAGGGUAACAUCUCAGAGGAUGAGCAGCUGAGUCCUCUUGGCUCGGCCAGACUGUUACAGAACUUGCACCUGGACUUGGAUGCGUUGGGAGGAGGGCUGCAGUAUGAGGACAGCGAGGCCAGUGGAGUGGCCCCACCAGAGGAGAGGACAGAAGCAGAGCUACGGGACCUGGCCCUGUCUGGGGAGCACAGCCCUGAGCCCCACCCUCAACAGGACUCCCUUCGUGGACGCCACCUCCCCUCCUGCCCACCAUGCGGAGGCAGCAGGGACUGCAGUAGUGCUGAGGUCUGCCCCCCUACCCCAGACCCCCAGCAUGCUAAAACUAGAGACAGUGGAGAGGAGGAGGAGGAAGAUUAUGAGGAGGGGUGGGGAGAGGACGGAGAUAGUGUGGUUGAGGAGGAAGGAGGUGAAGAGGAGAACCAGGGAGAAGAGGGACAAGCGAGUGAGAAGAAGAAAGGAGAGGAGGAGGAGGAGGAGGGCAAGGACGUUGAGGCUGAGGUCAAUGAGGAGGUAGAGUGUGUAGAAAAGUUGGAGGAGGGAGAGGAGCAAAGUGAUGAGGUCAUAAAGAGGUGUGUAAAAAGUGAGGAAGGGAAGGAAGAGGGGACUGGUGACGUAGUUGAGAAAAGUGUGGAAAAUGUCAAUAAAAAGGAGGAAGAACAAGGAAGUGAUGAAAAGAUAGAGAGACAUCUUGGAGAGCAAGAAGAGAGGGAUGAGGUAGUAGAGAAAUGUGUUAAUGUGUUAAAUGAAGAACUUGAUAAACAGGUAGAGGAAAGAAAUGAGCUGGUUGAGAGCUGUGUUAAAAGUGAGGGAGAACAAAAAGCAGAAGAGAGUGAUGAGGGAGUUGACAGACGCAAUACAAGUGAGGAAGAAGGAGAGGAAAAAGAGUGGGAACAGGAGGAAGAGAGUGAUGAGGUAGUAGAGAGAUAUAUGAAAGAGAUGGAAGGAGGCGAUGAAGAGGAAAGUGAGAUAGUGGGGGAGAGAUAUUUGAAAAGCAAGCAUGUGGAAAGGAAGGAAGAGACUGUCAGAGACAGUGUAGAGGAGAAGAAAGAGAAGGGAGAUGAGGAUAGUGAUGAAGUGUUUGAGAGGUGGUUGAAAGAGGAGGAAGGCAAAGAGGAGGGUGACAGUGAGGUGGUAGAGAGGUGUGUGAAAAGUGAAGAAGUGGUGGACGAGGAGGAUGAGAGGGAGGUGGUAGAGAGGUGUGUGAAAAGUGAGGAAGAGGGUAAAGAGGACGGUGAGAGUGAGGUGGUAGAGAGGUGUGUGAAAAGCGAGGAAGUGGAGGAGGGUAAAGAUGAACCUGAGGAGCUGGAGAGUGAGGAGGCGGUAGAGAGGUGUGUGAAAAGCGAGGAAGUGGAGGAGGGUAAAGAUGAACCUGAGGAGCUGGAGAGUGAGGAGGCGGUAGAGAGGUGUGUGAAAAGCGAGGAAGUGGAGGAGGGUAAAGAUGAACCUGAGGAGCUGGAGAGUGAGGAGGCGGUAGAGAGGUGUGUGAAAAGCGAGGAAGUGGAGGAAAGUGACAAGGUCUUCGAGAGAUGCUUGCUGAGUGAGAAACGAGCUAGUGAAGGAGUGAAGAGCAGUGAGGAAGAGGUGGAGGGGUGCGUCAAAAGCGAACGAAAAGAAAAGGAAGGAGAUAAACUUGAAGAAGACAGCGAUGAGGUGGUGGAAGAAGUGCAAGCCUCACCGAAACCUAAAACAUCCACAAGCUCAGACGAAGAAAUCGAGAGAUUUGAACCACAAACGGUUCAAGUUGGGUCACUGGGGCUGAAAAAGAAGAUAGCGGACCUUAAACGAAGUGACAACAUGGAGGUGUAUGUGGGGAAGAAGAAGAAUGUGCCCAAACAAAGCCCUCUACCAGCAGAGCAGUCCGAGGCCAGCGAGCACAUGGAGGUGGCAUCAUCCUCCACCAAGGACCUCAGGUCUGGUUUUGGCUCCAAGUUGUCAGAGAACGUCCUGGACCUGAAGGAUCUCUCCCCUGCUGUUAGUCCACUCUUGCAGGGAAAAGAGGGCAAAGUGAAAGUCUGUGUGGCAGAGGAGAAGGAACGGAGGAAGAGGGCAGAAGCUGCAGAGAGGCGUCUUCAAGCUGCAGGCAGGGAGGAUCCAGCAAUGGAGGACAGGCACCUCAGCCAGUCCAGUGAAUCCCAACAGGACACAGGAUCCUCCCAUUCUGAGCCGGAGCCCCGGCCGCGGGCCGAGGGGGUCAGCACCAGCGCCAGCCUAGGGGUGCCGGGGGUCCAGGGGGUCAAGCGGCCUGACACCACCAGAGGCCGCCUGGUUAGGAGCCCCCACGCCCACUACAAGGAGGAAGCCCCCAGACAGGGGGAGGACAGCAGAAGGGCCCAGGAGGAGGAGAGGGACAAGGAGAGGAGGGAGACUGAGAGGGAGAUGGAGGAGGAGAAGGAGCGUGCACUGCGGGAGAGGCAGGAGAAGGUGCGCCUACUUCAGGAGGAGCUGAGGCGGGAGGAGGAAGAGGAGGAACAGAGGCUGAAGGAGGAGAGCGAGGAGAGGGUCAGGAGCCUGAGGGAGAGGCUCCAGAGUAAGGGGAGGGAAGAGGAGAGCAGGCUGAGUGUGGAGUCUGAAAGCAGGCUACUGGAGCUGAGGGAGAUGGCCCGGAGGGAGAGAGAGAACCAGCAACGCAACGUCAGGGAGGAGGGCGAGGCGAUGCUAAGGCAGCUGUGUGCCACCCUGGAGGCGGAGCGAGAGAGGAUAGAGGCCCAGAGGAGGCGGGACCUAGAGCGACUGAGGGAGGAGUCAGAGGAGGAGCUACAUGCGGAGAAGCGGAGACUGCUUGGGGAGCGGGAGGAGCAACUCGACUCCCUCAAACAGGAGGGGAGAAGCAGUGCCAGUGAGAGGCGGAGGGAGUCUAAGAGCCCUCGUAGCCCAGAGCAGCAUCUAGCAGAGUACCAAAAAGAGUUGGGAGACGUGCUCCAGGAAGUGAGGGAGGAAGUGCAGCGUGACCACGGCAGGAAGCUGGAGCAGCUCAAAGACGCCCACCGCAGAGAACUCAACUCAAUCAGAGACAAUCAUCUGGACCAGGAGGCUGUCCAAAGGGAGCAGUUGCUGUGUGCCCUGCAGGAGGAGAGAGAUCGCCUGCUGGCCACCCACAGCGCCCAGCUGGAGAGACUCCGUACACAGCUAGACUCCCAGCUCUCCAAGACCCGCCAGACACACACGCGCAAGGAGGUAGAGAUUCAGGAGCUGGGGGACAAGCUGGAGCUGAGGGCCAGAGAACUGAAGACCCAGGAGGCAAUACUGAAGACCCAGGCAGCGAAUUUGAAGAAGAGGCGGCAGCAGCUUGGGGAGGAAGAGGAUGAGAUAGACAGAGGAAUAGAGGCUCUGCCUGGAGUCAUGCAGGAGAGAGAUGGACUGCGAGAGGAUCUGGAGAGGGUGGAAGGACAGAGGGACAGGGCGAGGCAGGAGGCGGAGAGAACGAGGGAGGAGAUGACCAAAGUGAGAGACGAGUUGGAGAGAAUUAGGGGGGAGAGGGACAAAGCGAAGGAGGAGAGCAGGAGGAUGAAGGAGGAGCGGGACCGGCUGGAGAGCAAGGUGGAGCUGCUGCAGGAGCGCUGUGAUCGGCUGUGCCGCAGAGUCAGUGAUCUAGAGCAGAGUGAGAUCAAGAGGCCUACUACUAGACUGGACAGAACAAAAGAGGAGAGGAAGGAGGAGAAGGAUAGCGAGGCACCGCCCUCUACUGCUGGACGGGAGAAAGUGCUGCAUGUGGAAGAUCUGAAAGAACCUCCUGUCUUAGACGACUUGCGUCAGUAUAUCUCCUCUGAGGGGCUGUCCCUGCAGAAAGCCCGGCGCUUCCUGGAGAGGGAGAGUGGUCGUCUGAGUGAGAGACAGGCAGUGCUGCAGGCAGCUCAGGCCCAGUCCAGCUCCUCUCAGUACCCCAGCACCACCAGCCACGCCCAGGCCACACAGGAGAUGUACAGGAACCUGCAGCAGGUACGUGAGGCCAGUGAUGUGGAGGAGUUGAGGGUGACUGUGCAGAGGGGGAACUCGCUGCUACGCAGGAAGGAGGAGCGACUGCAACAGCUAGAGAGCUCCGUAGCUGAAGAGGUCUCCCCUCAUCACUACUAUGAUGACCAGGACAGACUGGCGACUGAUAGGAAGGUGGCCUUCGAUGUGACUGAAUCAGAUAUGAGCAGCGUCAGCAAUGGCCUGGAUGGCCCCGGUGAGGAGCCCACAGUGCCAGCUAAGGUGCAGCACUUAGCCGAGUCGCUCCAGCACAUCUCUGGCCAGCUCAGCACAGUCCUGGGGGCCCUGGGCUCCCUGACCCAACGCCAGACCCCUUACCAGCCUCUCCCCCUACCCCUGCCCCUCUCCCAGCCACGAACCCCCACCUCAAUGCCUCUUUCACAGCUCUCCAUGCCUCUGUCUGGGCCCUCCUGGGCGUGGGCUCCUCACAGCACCUCCAUCCAGCCACGGGGUUCUGAGGACCUGCUCAACAGCCGCUGGGCCAAGCUCUUCCCUGGGGCUCCUAUUGAGUCCAUAGCCACCAGUUCCUUGAGGACACAUGCGCUUUAUUCAGGGUACAGUCCUGCAAGUGAGCAGGCUCGUAAUCUGUCCUCCAUGCAGCCUAAGGCAGUGGAGAUGGAUGGCCAGAGGCUACAGGGUCUGAUCGACGGCAACAAGAGAUGGCUGGAGACACGCAGGAAAGACCCCAGUGUACCUCUGUUCACGCGUUAUCGGACCCCCCCAACUAUUAGUGGACUGGUCCAGCUGAGCCUGGAUGACAACAACCAGAUUAAAGUGUACCAUUACUAAAGGGGGGUGGGUGAAGUUACAUAUGGCGCAAGGAUCAACACAAGCAGAUAAAGAUGUACUGUUACUGAAAAAGGGCUAAGGACAGGGGUGGGUUUUUAAAAUUAACUUUGAGUAAUGCAGGGAUCCCUCUAGCUCUGGUCCAGGGAGUUAUUAGAGGAACCCCCUCGACUAUGUGUGGACCAAAGGAACACCCUGGACCAGAGCUAGGAUUCCUCUACAACCAGAUUUCCAUAUCAGACUACAGUAAGAAAUAUUUUUAAGACGUCUGUCCUCUGGUGAACUCCGCUUUAGCUGUGAUUGUGUUACAGAAGAGUGAGCGGACACGGGACUGUUUCAGUGGACUCUGUCAUUUUAUUCCAUUGGCAUGCAAGGGUGAAUAGCUUGGGAGUAUGGAGACAAUAGUCCCGUAGUCAACAAAUCAGUUUGUUUCCCAAUUUUUUGGCCUCUAGCUAUUUAAAUGUUUCAAAAGCAGAUUGCAUAGUUGUUACAUAUACAGUAGGUGCUUCACCUUAUUAGGAGAGACAUCUUGAGGUUGGAGUGAGAUACUGUUGAUAGCUGACAUAAGCCUCAUAACUGAUGUGAUAAGUGACUAAAGAUCAUUGUCAUGGUAUCAGGUUGUAUAAGAGACAUAUCACUCAUUCCGCUGUAUGAGAAGUUCAAGCCAUACCAUAACCACUACAAGAGCAAGACAAUGACUUGAGGGAUUCACAGUCUAUGAAAUUCUGGUAAGAGGGACUCUUCCAGUGUGUUUUACUGUGCAGCUAGACGUGUAAUGUUUACCAUAUUUUUUUAUAAGAAACAUUUUAAUAAAUGUAAAGUGGUGUAUAUUCAUAA